CUGUCUUUCUGAUUGUCGUAAUUACGGGGAACAGUACAUUCGAAUCUUUGGGGGGAAUGAAUAAUAUUUCUGAGUUUUUAACUUUUUACAAUAAUCGACUGGGUGAAAAGGAAUUAAAGAAACGAGCAUUUUUUGGAGUAACUAUAGCUCUAUUUCUUUCUGCCGAUUUUCGUCAAGGCGAUGAACGUUUUAGUGUUCAUUCUGGAGGUAAGCAAUGUGCUUUUAUGACUUUUACAGCUCGAAUAUCCUUGUGGUCGAAGAUAAACAUCUAAUAAUGUCUUACUACAAGGAGACAAAUUGUACUUGAAGCGAUCAAUACUGGUUUUAUAAUGUUAGAUCCAGGUAUAAAUCUUUUGUCUGUAGAACACCCACCUAAGUUAUUGGUGUUUCAUCUUCAUGUACAAACAUGUCGAACGACUUUUCGUACGAGAUCUGUCAUUCAAUGGUCAAGUUAUCAACACAGUUUGACCUCAUUCGCCUGUAUAUGAAAACUUAUUAACUGCAGUAGAUUACCAAAUAAUGAUUUACCUGUUGUAUAGAUCUUUUGUGGUAAAUGGCAUUGCCACUGAAUUGCCCAGACAUUCAAAAACAACAUCACCUAUGAGGGUGAAUUCACCCAUUAUGGUGAAGCCCAUACAAAACAUUUCAACCAAAGUUGCUAUCUUCUAAUAUACAUCAAGGCGAUGAAAUUUUUAGUGUUCAAUCUAGAGAAAAGCAAUGUGCUUUCAUGAAUUUGUCGGCAGUUUUAAUAGGCCACUGAUUGUCUUAUAUUUAUUUGUGUGGGAAAGUGCCAAGCAAUGAGUUUAUGGUGUUUAUUGACAAAAACAAACACGGAAUGUUAUUUAUUCAUGUCUUUACGCAAUAAUUAAUAAUCAGACUUAAUAAGAUUCCUAUAGCAACCCAGUGUGUAUUGUUGUACGGUCUAUUUUGUAUCUCUGAGAUAUGUCCAUUGUUAGCAUAAUAUGAAAUAAUCCUACCGACUUACUUAUAUUCACCUUGCUGUGUCACCACAUUUCAGGGUAUACUAUAAUUUUCAAUAAUGCUCACAAUUUCUUUCUUAUUAUACAGUUAUGCAGAACUCAAUCUCAAUCAUUACAAUGAAUGAUGUCAUCUGAAGCUAUUAAUUAAACAAAAUGUCAACAAAUAGAUUUUGUCUCCCAAUUAGCAGAUUGUUUGGUUGUUCUUCGGUAGUGCUAUAACCUUGAAGGUGCCAUUAAAGUAAUAAUUUGGACAAAAACUGACUUAGUAUUUCCAUAUAUGAUAUUAUACAGGGUGCAUAAAAGAAAGGUAAUCGAACUUUAGUGCGCUAUUGUAUCUGAAUUACUCCGCGUAUGAACGAGAUUUUUUCACAUUCGGAACGAUCAUGAUUUUAGCUGUUGAAUGAUAUCUUCUUCAUGCCAAAUGGAUAAAAAAUGAGCAAAUACGAAUCCGACAAAUAAUGUUAGUCAGAAUCGCAUAUUUUCACCGUUGAGAGUUGGGUCUAAAGCCAUUGAAAAUGAACCCCCCUUAGGAUUUAAGUUGAUGAAUUUCACUUCAUUAAACUGCACACAUAUUCAUAUUCAUUAUUCAGUAGGAAUAAAUCUUAGCUAACGUUCGUGAUUAAUUGCUUUUUUUUUGUUAUGCAUUGUUUUAAUUAGGCACAGAGGUGAAAAUAUGCGAUUUUGACUAACAUUUUUAAUCGGCCUCGUACAUGCUUAUUUUUUCUCUACUUGGCAUGAAAAGCAUGUCAUUGAAUAGCUAAAAGCCUGAUCUUUCCGAUUAUGAAAACCAAUUGUUCAUACGGCAAGUAAUUCACGUAUAAUAGCGCGCUGAAUUUCGAUUACCUUUUUUUAUACACCCUGUACAGUAUUCUGUGGCAAGUCAGCGAUGGCAACUAGUCAUACUAUGCUAAACCUGCAUCAUUUGAAUAAUGCAAAUAAUUAAAAAUUUGUAUAGCAUGACCUGUUGCUAUGGGUGGCUUCACCACAGACAUGCAGUAUUAUAAUUAUACAUACAAAAGCAAGAAAUUUCUACUUUCUGAACAGCCAUCUUGUGGGCCUGUUUACAUGUUGGAAGGCUAGGCGAUUCAAAUGCUGGUUAAUCCAUUGAUUUGUAUUGCAUCCUGAUGUGCCCUAUUCUAUUAUUUUACUCUGUCUAACGCCAGAAAAUUUUACUCGUCAAGGGGAGAGCGCUGGUGCUGAAUGGAUUAUCCGAACUCAAAUGUUGCACAGGGUGUCCCCCAAAAAAGUGACACUAUAGGAAUUAUCUCAUUGUUCUUAAGCCGCUCUUAAACGCGAGUGAUUACACGCCUGGGAAUUUAAUGAACUUGUAUUUACAUUUAAGCAUUUUAAAACGUUUUCGCUUUGUCCAGAUAUUUUAACGCCCGAGUCAAGCAAAACGAUUACAAUAGUAAACGGUUUGCUUUUUUUAUUUUAAAUUCCAGAAGCAGAAGUUUAUGCACCUGUGGGAUCAACUUACUGCUAGGGCAUUCAAUAAUUAACAAUGGGAUAAUUUCUAUUGUGUCACUUUUUUGGGGGACACCCUGUAUACUAGUGAAGAUCUUGUAGUUCAACAAGAUUACAGUUAACUAUAACCUAUCUCUAGAAAAUAAAGUUUUUUGCUGAAUCGUGCACUGUAACUUAUUUCAAUACAUCAAAAUAAUCCUGCCUCACAUCUCGUCCCGGCAAAGUAGGAUCAUAUAAACAGACCUUUAUUCAAUAAAUUGUGCAUGCUGCCUUUGAUCCCUUGGGGGUACCUUUGAUCCCCGAGGUAGCACUUUCCUUGCGAUAGUAACUCAUAGUUUGUUAGUUUCGCCAUAUUACAAUACACAAAACUAUAACACGAACAAGAAUAAUAUACAUGACAAUAGGCAGGGUGACCGCAACAGCGCGAGCCAAUUACUGCGGGCACGACAAAAAUAAAAAACUAUCUAAAUAAAACUAUAACUAAUAGCAGCACUUAAGAGGCUGAACCAGAGUUCGAGCGGUAUUACACUUUCGAGCGGUAUUACACGUUUUACUUUUCCUCUGCAGCAGUACGAAAAACAAGGUAGCGAAAUCUGUGUUUUUGUUGUUUUCACAAUUUUUGCUGGCGAUAAGAAAGCGUCUGCAAUAAAUUUGGUCCGCGACGACAAUUUCCCCACCUGUUGCCCCAGCGUAUUUUUAUCAUUCCCUUCUAAUUAGCUCCCAGUCUGGAAGCGCUGAAUAUACAGUAUGCUCCUCCCUCUAUGUAUAGCUACCAUCCUCUAUAUUAUUUAAAUAUAUCAUUCCCAUUAUAAACUUACUGCAAGAUAUGAACACAUCGUCCUUAGCAGACAGCAAAAGCUAUUGCUGCACAGUUAACCAAAAACGUAGUUAUGGACAUGGAAACAUUGUCACAAUUUUUGUUGCAGUUUGCACGAUCUUGGUAAAACCUCGUCAAUUAUGUGACAAUCAGAAAUAUUUCUCAAACCACAAAUGCCACGCAAGCACCAUCCAGCUAUGCCUGAAAAAUAUAUUUUUAACUCGUUUUUACAUAGUUACUUCAGAUCUGAUCUUAGUCAAGUUUUUGCUCCACUGAUUGGCUGACUAGUUUAUUCAACCAAUCAGCCUAACCCAAAUAGAGUCAGAGGCCAGCUUCUCAGUAGAAAUGUUCCUUUUAUGUUAGACGUCUGACCUUCUCCAUUGCCCACAAUACAGACAUAUACGCUACAUAACUUACGAAAUUGAUACUGUACAUUUUAGUAAGAUACGAUAUAGAAAGAUUUGAAUGCUGUAUUUUCUAAAUCCCUGUAAUUUAAUUACCUCUUUCUUAUACUGUCUCACUCUGUAUCGUCUUUUCGACUAGAACCGUGUACUCCAUUGGGCAUGCAGAGUGGAGAAAUAUUGGACAGUGCCGUCACAGCAUCGUCGUUUUAUGACGGGUUUUUUAAACCAGCCAACGCAAGACUCAAUAUAUUUCGUGGUAAGUGCGCGUGGACACCAACAAAUAACGGGCAGCAGAAUGCGUGGAUACAGGUUGAUUUGGGUGAUAUCAAAUUAAUAACUGGUGUAUCUACUCAAGGACGUUGCAAUGCUGCUUUACCUCAAUGGGUAAAAUCUUAUACGGUAUCACACAGUAGUUAUGGUCAACAGUGGAAAUUGUACGAGGAAUCCGGCAGCGUAAAGGUUAGCUUAUUAGUUAUUACCUAAAUAAGUAAGUAAUAAACUAAGAGACCGCAUAUCGUAGUUUCUGCAGCGUAGCGUAGAGUGGCAAUUGAUGCAGCUCAAACCUGAUCCUGGCAGCAUGUUGACGGGUUGCGUUCCCUUUUGAUGCCAACAUGAACUCGUGCCCGGUCACGUGGUGAAACUAACAUGGUAGGUUUAGUAAAUGGAAAAUCCAAAGAAGAACUUUCGACUGAGUACAGGAAGGGACCAACUAAAAUUCCACUUACACUUUCCAUUUGCAUUGUAUUUUUAAUCGCAGUCUACUUUCUCGAAUUUUCUGUCAUUUCUACCAAAUGCGUCCUUAUGUCAUCGUCUUAUUCUUCUAAUAGCUCUAACACAUCAUAUCUCCGCUACUUCCAGUUCUUCAUCUGUUUUUCCUUCACUUCCCAUGUCUCUGCGUCAUAUAAAAUUACCAGUUUUAUCAUCCUUAUAAAUUACUGCACAUAAUUAUAUGAAUUCAUAAGGGUUCAGAUUUGACUUCUACUACCGCUACCACUAGCACUACCUCUCUCUCUGGCUGAGUACGCAUCUGAUUGGUUAAUUGGAUAAAUCAAACGCACCUGAUUGGUUGAUGGUCACUUAAUGGUAACGAUGGCGGCAGUGCAAGUCAAAUCUGAACCUGUAGCUAUAUAAUAAAUCUGAGCCUGUAGCUAAUACUGAAAUACAACCAAGUAUAGAUGACCAAUCGUCGAUAACCUUGGGUGAGUCAAACGAAUCAAAUUAUCCAAAUAUCUCAUUAUAUAAUUUAGAAAAAAAAACAUUUCAUCGGGGCAUGUCUAUGGCAUGUUUGAAUAUAAAUAGUUUAUUUGCCCAUAUAGAUGAAUUACGAGUAUUUAUGAGUAAUAAUAAAGUAGACAUAUGUAUUAAUGAGACCAAACUUUUUUCAUCAAUUAAUGACAAUGAAGUCCAUAUACCAAAUUUCGAAAUCGUUCGAAGAGAUCGAUGUACAAAUGGCCGUCAUGGUGGCGGCAUUUGAAUUUACAUUAGAAGUAAUAUUAAUUACAAAAUACGACAUAAUCUACAAUCUGAAACUCUCGAAAAUCUAGUUGUAGAAAUUAAGAAACCACGAUCUAAGUCUAUCCUGGUUAGUAUAUGGUAUAGACCUCCUGAUUUACCUAUACUAGUUACUUUGACGAAUUCGAGCAAACGAUUGGAUCGUUCGAUGCUGAAAAUUUAGAGUAUUAUCUGCUUGGUGAUUUAAAUGUUGAUUUUACCCCAACGACCGAGUCACCAAGUAAGAAUAAAGUAAAAGAAAUACUUGAUAUAAAUUAUACGAUGUAGAACAAUUAAUAAACGAACCGACAAGAAUUACUGCUACAUCUAGCACUCUGAUCGAUUUAUGCCUAACCAAUGCACUAAUAAAUAUUGUGAAGUCUGGUGUCAUACACGUAUCUAUUAGUGACCAUUUAUUAAUACAUAUGAUACGUAAGGUAAAUAAGAUCCUGAAUUUCAAUGAACACGGCUAUCCAGGUAUACCAAGCAGUGAUUCAACCUCAUUUUUACUACUGCUGCUCGGUCUGGGAUAGCCUUGGCGAAACGUUAUAAGUUCUACUACAAAAAUAACAGAACCAGGCGAUCAGGGUCAUUACGAGGUCCAGCUAUAUGACACCGAUGCUACUGUGCUUCUUGAUACUCUACACUCGGAUAACUUAUCGUUCAGACGCAAAAAAUUUAAAGCUGGCUUGGUGUUCAAAACACUCAAAGGUGACACACCUACCUAUCUACAGUAGAAAAUGUUUUUUCAGUUCGUGGCUCAGAAUAUAAUCUUAGGAACUUUGAAAUAAGAUUAAAUCUACCCAAGCCACGAACUAAUUAUCUGAAGCGAAGCUUUCACUACAGUGGAGUAGUACUGUGGAAUAGCCUUCCAGAAAAUAUAAGAAUGCUCCAAUCGUUUGCUCAGUUCCGGAAAACUGUAAACAAGUAUUAUAAUAGAAUAUAUAUAUAUAUAUAUAUAUAUAUAUAUAUAUAUAUAUAUAUAUAUAUAUAUAUAUAUAUAUAUACAUAUAUAUAUAUAUAUAUAUAUAUAUAUAUAUAUAGAUUCCACCGUGGAUAAAUAAAUUUUAUUAUAUUGUAUUGCAUAUUACUUCCACUACCACCACGCACCUUUCACUGAUUAGCACUUAUCUGAUUGGUUAUAACCAGGAAGAGUCAAUGAAUCUAGUUGGUUAAUUUUACUUUGUUGUAGCGGUAGUGGAAGUUAAUUCUAAACCUCACUGAUAGUCUUCCCUGCAGCCUUGCUUGUAUCGAUCUUUCUAUCUAGAUCUCUUCAUUCCUAUUGCAGACAUGGAAGCUUUUUCUUUCAGUUCUCAUAAUUCGUUCGUGUAAUUUUUUGUCGUAGCAACGUGUGUUCUUUUAGACCUUUUAUUACUUGUGUUUUCACCUUGUUUAAAUCGCAAGUUGAUUCCAAUAUACUGUAGCUAUGCAAGCGCAACCAGUAAACUAAGUCUUAAACACUGUCACUAGCAAUUAAACUGCAAUGCGGUAAUAUCGAAAUAACAUCAGAAAAUGCUAACCGUAUCACACCCGCAUGAAAUAUAUUUUUUCUCUCAAUAGAAUUUCACUGGAAACACAGAUAAAACAACGGUUGUGACUCAUGGUUUCAAAAAUCCAAUCAGUGCUCGCUAUGUCAAAGUUUUACCGCAGUCAUUUCGUUAUAGACCAUCUAUGAGAAUGGAACUUUACACUGGAUGUCCUAUGGAUUAUUAAGAAAACAAUUGAUACAUUUCUUCGAACUUCCUUCUUUCUACAUUUCAAGUUAUUUCACGUUUUCUACAAAUCCAUUGUGCAUGUUUUUGUCGAUGAGAAAGUUUCUAAAUGUUAUCACAAACGACAAACACAAACAUUUGUAUAUCUGCAAGUAUAUAGCAAACGAAAAAAGUUACUGGCGUGAACAAAUUGUUCAUUAUAUCUUUUUCCAAAAUCGUUGCCCACAACGGGUUAAACGUCUUUUCCCAAAAUCGUUGGGGGGAGGGUGUUAAAAUUUUUGUGAAUGUUUUCGUAAAAUUAUAAAAAUUUUGAAUAUAACUGUUAUAAUUCUAAAUAUUUUUUGGUGACUACGAAAACAAUUUGCUGACAAAUCUGUUAUUUUGUCGAAAAGAUGUUUUCAGGGUCUGUCACUCCCCACAACCCUUAGCGAGGGCCCUAAAUGUUGUGUUUAAUGGAAACACAUAGCCUAGAAUGGCAAGAUUUGCUCGCUCAAGGUUAUAUAGCUGUUACAUACAAGUUGACCAACAUAAUUACAGUAAUUCUAAGAUCAAGUUAGUGUAUAAUGCUUGGGCGAGCUAGAGGAAAUGCACUGAGUUUAAAUAGUUGCAUAUAAUGUUGAUAUUGUACGUAUAAUUUUAUUAUGUAAUUCUUUAAAUAUGUU